AUGUCUCAGGACGCAUUCGCUAUUCUACUCGCUGCGCAUCACCCGUCGUUGCAUCUCUUAGGAAUUACAACCGUCCACGGCAACUCUUCUCUCGAGAAUACGACGACUAACGCUCUAAGAGUCCUCGAAGCUAUCGGUCGUCCAGAUAUUCCUGUCUAUGCCGGCAGCAGGAAGCCUUUUUGCCGGCCUGCAGUUCACGCUCCGGACAUUCAUGGCGACUCUGGACUCGAUGGAACUGAUUUGUUACCGAAAGCAACGAGCCUUCCUGUGACAGACAAAAACCCAAUUGUCGCAAUGCGUGAUGCUCUCAUGGCACAACCAAAGGGAACGGCUUGGGUUAUCGCAACCGGCGCCUUGACCAAUGUUGGCUUGCUCUUCGCAACGUUUCCCGAAGUAGCGGCCCAUAUUCAGGGUCUUAGCAUCAUGGGCGGUGCCGUUGGUGGAGGGUUCACAGAUGCUCCCAUGAGCCGGCUGCCGGGGGAACAUGAGAGAAUUGGAAAUACGACACCCUGGGCAGAGUUCAAUAUUUAUUGUGAUCCCGAGGCCUCCAAAUCUAUUUUCAGCAAUCCUACCCUGGCACCGAAGACAACAAUGAUCGGGUUGGAUUUGACUCACCAAGUGCUUGCUUCUUGUAGUGUGCAAAACCGCAUACUCCAUGGAUCCAGCGAUUCCACCCAAACACCCUCAGUUCUCAGGAGAAUGAUGCACGCCCUACUUGUCUUCUUUGCUCAAACCUACGACAGCGUCUUCGGCUUGUCGUCCGGCCCUCCCCUUCACGAUCCGCUCGCGGUGGCCGUCGCUAUCUCAAAUCUCAACCCCACCUUCGCGAAAAAGCACCCCGACCAAGCCUUGAAGUUCAAUGACAAGAAUGGUGAGCGGUUUGCUGUCGACGUGGUUACCGAUGGCAUCCAUUCAACGAAUGUGUUGGAGACUGGACAGCUAGGCCGCACACUAGCUACUCCAAUGGGCGGACAUGGAGUAGCUAUCCCCAGAGGAGUGGACCUGGAGGCCUUUUGGGGUUUGAUUUUGGAUUGCCUCACGCGCGCCGACGAGUGCAAUGCUGCGCGAAAGUCAUGA